CCAGCACCUGCGGGGUGCGGAGGAGGAGGAGGAGGGGAUGAAGGAGCCGGGCGGGCUGCGGGCGCGUCUGGCCCGGGCCGGGAGCCGUAGUUGACUUUCUGGGAAGCCCACCGGGAGCGCGCCGCCCCGGUACCGGGAGAGCCGUCCCUGCCCUCCUGCAAGGGACCUGUCGGUUCAAGUGCAAGUGCGAGGGAAGGAGGGGGCCGGCGAGAAACUUGGAAGUAGUCAGGCAUUUACGCUGCCGCUGAUAAAGUGAAACUGAGCAGACUUUGAGGCCACAUAGCUAAAGAAGAUGCGUGCGCCCAUUCCGGAGCCCAAGCCUGGAGACCUGAUUGAGAUUUUCCGUCCUUUCUACAGACACUGGGCCAUCUAUGUUGGUGAUGGCUAUGUGAUUCAUCUGGCUCCUCCAAGUGAAAUUGCAGGAGCUGGUGCAGCCAGUAUCAUGUCUGCCCUGCAUGACAAGGCCAUCGUGAAAAAGGAACUGCUGUAUUAUGUGGCUGGGAGUGAUAAGUACCAGGUCAAUAACAAACACGAUGACAAGUAUGACCCGCUGCCUCCCAGCAAGAUCAUCCAGCGGGCAGAGGAGCUGGUGGGGCAGGAGGUACUCUACAAGCUGACCAGCGAGAACUGCGAGCACUUUGUGAAUGAGCUGCGCUACGGGGUCGCCCGUAGUGACCAGGUCAGAGAUGUCGUCAUGGCGGCAGGCAUCGCAGGUGUGGGCUUGGCAGCCAUGGGCCUCAUCGGAGUCAUGUUAUCAAGAAACAGGAAACAAAAGCAAUAAGUUGAAAGGACUGACUUUACAUAUUAGAGGCUUGCCUUUUGCUAGAGUUUGGGGUUUGGUUUGUGGAUUUCAUUCUGUUUUACAAUAAGCCUUAUUUUCACAGAAUAAAAUAAAGCA